CUCCAUUUCUUUCCUUCGUUCUACAUCAAUUCGUUCGUUGAUUCUUACACUCGUUUUCAUCGUCGAUCAUUUACAAUCUCGACCUUCCACUCUUUCAAUCGAUUCGUAUACAGUACUUAAAAUGAAGGUCGGCACACUCGCGCUCCUACUAGCGAGUUCCUUAACGGUCUUCAGUAACCCUCUUGUGUCGCCUGGGACACGUCGAGAUGGUUUGCUGCAGUUAGACGAAAGGACUGUCAGCGAAGCAGGGUCCGUCAAGUUCUGGAACCCUGUGCAGGGUGACCUGGUUGAAAUUGAAAAGAGAGAACCUUUGGGAGGAAAGAAAAAGAAGAAAGGCAAAACUACAGCCAAAUCAACCAAAACCACAGCCAAAACAACUAAAAAGACAACCAAACCCGCCAAAACAACCGCUAAGUCAACAAAGGCUCCUACAACAUUGGCAAAAUCAACGGCAAAAUCUACUAAGACGUCUGGAAAGUCAACCAAAACCACAGCAGCCUCCUCAAAACUAUCCACGAAAGCCUCAAUAACAUCCUCGAAAACUUCUGUGAGCUCGGCAACAGGAACUGCAGCUCAGGCUUCAGCAUGCAAAAAGAACUCCAACUCGAAGUCAAGCAAGUCUGGUAAAACGCUCGAGAGUCGCCGAAAGGCCCCAACUCCCGAGCAGAUCCAGGACAUGUAUGAUAACUACGAAAAGGCUAAAAAGGUGGCCAAGGGAAAGGCGUUAGAAAUGGGAAAGGCAUAUGUCUUUCUCCUCUCGCAAGGAGUUCAUCAUACUGUUAUCAUUGGCGAGAUCAAGAUGAUCGACUGCCAACCAGCAAUGGAAGCAACCGCUCAACAGCUGGUCAAGGCAAAUGGCGGCGCUUCGAGUGGAGUGGAGAGGCAUGCACUGGCCAGUUUCUUCUGCGGAAGCUCUAGUGGAGGCGUGUGUGACACCGAUGGAGUCGAAUACGUCCCAUGCGCGAAAUGGAACGGAAAUUACAAGCUGAAGGGCGAGGCGGAUUUGCAAUAUGCAAAUCCUGAGCACUUUAUCCAAAAAGGCGACCAAUUGCUUGCUAAGGAAAAGCCGUACAAUCUGUUUACCAACAAUUGUCGUACCUUUGCUAAAACUCUCGUCAACGUUACGAAGAAGAAGGAUGAUGAGCCUGUCGAGCUUUAGUCGCCCCACGCACUUAGGUGACUCAACAUAUGGGAUAAAGAUUACCGAAAGCUAUGCAUAAUUUUUUCUUUUGAUUUCUCUGCUAUAUGGAUUUCGACAACAACAUCAUACUCUUAAGACUUCCAGUGCAGCUUUCCCUAGCUUAAAUACACUUUUGGCAUCUACUCCUCUAAAACUUGAAAGGCGCCAAUGCCUUUGCCUGCAGCUAUGAAGUUGUAGCUGUUGUUCAUCACGCCAACCCAAACAAGGCAACGCCAGUGGCUAGGGGCGCGCACACUGUUAAUAUCCGUGUUUACAACUAUGAUAGCAUGCGUGCUAAGACAAGAUGCGGUUUGCUACUAAUUAUAAAUACUACUCCCAUCUACCGU